AUGGACUGGCAGCCAGACGAGCAAGGCCUCCAGCAGGUCCUUCAGUUGCUCAAAGACUCGCAGUCACCUAACACAGCCACGCAGCGCAUCGUGCAGGAUAAACUCAAACAACUGAACCAGUUUCCUGACUUCAACAACUACCUGAUAUUUGUCCUGACGAGACUCAAGUCGGAAGAUGAGCCGACUCGCUCUCUCAGUGGCCUCAUCCUCAAGAACAAUGUGAAGGCACAUUACCAGAGCUUUCCACCACCUGUGGCCGACUUCAUCAAACAGGAAUGUCUCAACAACAUUGGUGACGCCUCCUCGCUCAUCCGGGCCACCAUAGGCAUUCUCAUCACCACCAUCGCUUCCAAGGGUGAGCUGCAGAUGUGGCCCGAGCUGCUGCCCCAGCUGUGCAACCUUCUCAACUCGGAGGAUUACAAUACCUGUGAGGGAGCCUUCGGAGCCCUACAGAAGAUCUGUGAGGACUCGUCCGAACUGCUGGACAGCGAUGCCCUCAACAGGCCCCUCAACAUCAUGAUCCCCAAGUUCCUCCAGUUCUUCAAGCACUGUAGCCCCAAGAUCCGGUCCCACGCCAUCGCCUGUGUGAAUCAGUUCAUCAUGGACCGGGCCCAGGCACUGAUGGACAACAUUGACACCUUCAUUGAGCAUUUGUUUGCCCUGGCUGUGGACGAUGACCCUGAGGUGCGGAAGAAUGUGUGCCGUGCACUAGUGAUGCUGCUGGAAGUGCGGAUUGACAGGCUCAUCCCGCACAUGCACAGCAUCAUCCAGUACAUGCUGCAGAGGACCCAAGACCAUGAUGAGAACGUGGCCCUCGAGGCCUGUGAGUUCUGGCUGACGCUGGCCGAGCAGCCCAUCUGCAAGGAAGUCCUGGCCUCCCACUUGGUCCAGCUGAUCCCCAUCCUGGUAAAAGGGAUGAAGUACUCGGAAAUCGACAUCAUCCUGCUGAAGGGGGAUGUUGAGGAGGAUGAGGCUGUCCCUGACAGCGAACAGGACAUCAAGCCACGCUUCCACAAGUCGCGCACGGUGACACUGCCCCAUGAGGCCGAGCGGCCCGAUGGCUCAGAGGACGCGGAGGAUGAUGAUGACGAUGAUGCUUUGUCCGACUGGAAUCUGAGGAAGUGCUCGGCGGCUGCACUGGAUGUCCUGGCCAACGUCUUCCGGGAGGAACUGCUGCCCCACUUGCUCCCCUUGCUCAAGGACCUCCUCUUCCACCCUGAGUGGGUGGUCAAGGAGUCAGGCAUCCUGGUGCUGGGUGCCAUUGCUGAGGGCUGCAUGCAGGGCAUGGUGCCCUACUUGCCCGAGCUGAUCCCGCACCUCAUCCAGUGCCUGUCGGACAAGAAGGCCCUGGUCCGCUCCAUUGCCUGCUGGACCCUGAGCCGCUAUGCCCACUGGGUGGUCAGCCAGCCCCCCGACAUGCACCUGAAGCCUCUGAUGACAGAGCUGCUUAAGCGAAUCCUGGAUGGCAACAAGAGGGUACAGGAGGCGGCCUGCAGUGCCUUCGCCACCCUGGAGGAGGAGGCCUGCACGGAGCUCGUGCCUUACCUCAGCUACAUCCUAGACACCCUCGUCUUCGCCUUUGGCAAGUACCAGCAUAAGAACCUGCUCAUCCUCUACGACGCCAUCGGCACCCUGGCUGACUCUGUGGGCCACCACCUCAACCAGCCGGAAUACAUCCAGAAACUGAUGCCUCCGCUGAUUCAGAAGUGGAACGAACUCAAAGACGAAGACAAGGAUCUCUUCCCCCUGCUGGAGUGCCUAUCAUCAGUGGCCACUGCCCUGCAGAGUGGCUUCCUGCCCUACUGCGAGCCGGUCUACCAGCGCUGUGUCACCCUGGUGCAGAAGACGCUGGCCCAGGCCAUGAUGUAUACCCAGCACCCUGAGCAGUAUGAGGCCCCUGACAAGGACUUCAUGAUUGUGGCACUAGACCUGCUCAGUGGCCUGGCUGAGGGCCUGGGUGGACACGUGGAGCAGCUGGUCGCCCGUAGCAACAUCAUGACACUGCUGUUUCAGUGCAUGCAGGACUCCAUGCCUGAGGUCCGGCAGAGCUCCUUCGCCCUCCUGGGAGACCUCACCAAAGCCUGCUUCAUACACGUCAAGCCCUGUAUCGCUGAGUUCAUGCCCAUCCUGGGCACCAACCUGAACCCCGAGUUCAUCUCUGUCUGCAACAAUGCCACCUGGGCCAUCGGUGAGAUCUGCAUGCAGAUGGGGGCAGAGAUGCAGCCCUAUGUGCAGAUGGUCCUCAACAAUCUGGUGGAGAUCAUCAACCGGCCCAACACGCCCAAGACACUGCUGGAAAACACAGCCAUCACCAUCGGCCGCCUGGGCUACGUGUGCCCGCAGGAGGUGGCCCCCAUGCUGCAGCAGUUCAUCCGGCCUUGGUGCACGUCCCUCAGGAACAUCAGGGACAACGAGGAGAAGGACUCGGCCUUCCGUGGGAUCUGCAUGAUGAUAGGCGUCAACCCUGGGGGCGUCGUGCAGGACUUUAUUUUCUUCUGCGACGCUGUAGCCUCCUGGGUGAGCCCGAAGGAUGACCUUCGGGACAUGUUUUAUAAGAUCCUCCAUGGCUUCAAAGACCAAGUCGGGGAGGAAAACUGGCAGCAGUUCUCGGAGCAGUUCCCGCCACUGCUGAAGGAGAGGCUAGCCGCCUUCUACGGGGUCUAG